AUGGAUAUGGUGGACACUAAAAACAUUUUAGUGAACUUCACCACAACUUAUUCAUCCACCAACCUCACAACAUCAGCAGUUUGGCAAUUUGGCACACUAGAAGCUUGUAUGUUUAUCUUUAGCUUCAUUUCUGGGCUAUCUACACACUCCUAUAUUAUAUGGCUUAUCAUCAAAGGAACCAGAAGUAAAAUUGCAUCUGAGUUUUUCAACCUCAAUCUUUCUGUCUGUGAGAUAAUAUUAUCUGUGAAUUCUUUGUUCACUCUAUCGAUAAAAUGGUUUCCGAAUCUCACAACAUUAGUACAACUCUUAUUCGGCAACGGCAUCACUGGUCGUCCUCUGUUUCAGUGUCUUAUGUGUGUUGAGCGUUACCUGGCAGUGGUUCAUCCUGUAACCUUUCUGAAGUUCAAACCUCUCAGAUAUCGAGUUAUCUGUUCCACUACUAUUUGGAUUGUUAAUUUUGGCUCUUGUUUGUUCUGCAUGUUUACUUUUCUCUCAUUAACAAUUUACAUUUAUGUAUGGUUCUACUUACUACAAUUUAUACUAUUCUUCUCCAUUCAGUUGUUUUGCCUUUUGGCUGUUCUCAGAGCUCUUAAGCAGCCAAGACCAGGAGAGAGAGGGAGAGAGGAGGAAAACAACAUGAAGAGAAGGGCGUUUUAUAUCAUUCUAAUAACCACCGUGAGCAUGAUUAUCACAUAUGUUCCACAUACUAUCACUGGAGUCCUUGUUGUUGUGACACAACAGUCUAUUCAGGUCCUUUGGUCAAUAAGUUUUAUUUGUUAUAUGCUGGGUAGUUUUAUACAGACUGUUCUUUAUCUGCAGCACCAGACUAGAAAGCUGUCCUGCCUCUGUUCUCUAUAA